AUGCAUACUGUCUCUCCGAUUGAUUUGGUGGAACUAAAAGCUUUGCUCGGUUUAUUAUUAAUAUCAGCGGCUACGAAAAGUAACCAUUUACCAACUCGGUUGCUUUUCGAUACUAGAAGAUCAGGAACAGUUUUCAAGGCUUGUAUGACUGCAGAGAGAUUCAACUUCAUUAUAAAAUGCCUUCGUUUUGACGAAAAGCAAACUCGGGAAGCUAGAAAAUUGACCGAUAACUUUGCGCCCAUUCGCGAAUUGUGGGAUAAAUUAAUUUCCAAUUUUCAAAAGUGGUACACACCAGGAUCAUACAUCAUUGUAGAUGAACAGCUGGUUGGUUUUCGAGGACGUUGUCCUUUUAGCAUGUAUAUCCCAAACGAACCGGAUAAAUAUGGAAUCAAACUCGUCAUGGCUGCAGAUGUCAACAGUAAAUAUGUAAUAAAUGCAAUUCCGUACUUGAGAAAGGGAACUGAUCCUCAGGGACAACCGUUGGCUACUUUUUUUGUGGAAAAAAAUACAUCUACUUUGUAUGGCUCUAAUCGCAAUAUCACAAUUGAUAAUUGGUUUACCUCUGUGUCUUUGGCUGAGGAGCUGUUGAAAUUACCAUACAAUUUAACUUUAGUAGGGACUCUGAGAAGUAACAAGCGUGAAAUACCCGAGCAAUUAAAAAAUUCAAAGACGCGCCGCAUCGGCACUACGAUGUUCUGUUUCGACGAUAAAAUGACUCUAGUAUCUUUCAAGCCUAAAUCGAACAAAGAUGUUUUCCUAUUGUCAACAGUCCACGACCAACCUAUCAUCAAUGAAACUACAGGGAAACCAGAAAUUAUUCAUUUUUAA